UGUACAUGUAGUUGACCAAUUACAUAAUAUACUUAGGUACCUGCAAACUGCCGCCUUGGCGAACCGUUUGAAUCAGUUCCUUAUGCUUAUUUAUCGGAUAGUUGCAUUUAUGGAUUCGUGGAUACACUGAGUUUUCACUUAACUGCAAUUGCCACUUAUAAACCAACUUCACUAUCUCUAUUUGUAAACUUACACAUCCAUCGUCCUUUUAACCUUCUUGUUUACGUACCAAACUCACUUCUUAAAAACAGCUCACGAUGAAUUAAGACAAUCGGUGCUAUUUCAAUUCGCGCACACAUAAAUUCGGAAUGAUCACGAUCAAAAUCGCAUCACUCGUAUCCAGUGAUUGGGGCUAGGUCUGGGUACGAUAGAUGAGCUGGAUAUAAGACAUUGAGAAAGGUGCUCCUAGAGGGAUUUCAUAAGAAAUCACGACGAAAAUCACCAAGGGAAAUUUUUUAUUUGGCAAUAUUUCCUUUCACCAUGAGCCAUCCUUUUUCGUCUACGUUCGACGCUCUUCAGGCGCACUUCAUUCAAAAGCCGGACAAGCAAGAUGCGACGUCCACGCAGCCAGACAGGACAACCGUUCCUCCUAUACGGGCACAAAAUCCGAUGCUCAUCGAUCAAGACACUUGUGCAAAUAAGUCGGUAAGGCAGAACAUGGAUUCCAGUCUCACGUCAAGCGCCAGGACGCCCUUACCAAGCGUAACACCAAAUUUUCAGGUCUCUCGGCCCGCCCAAAGAGUGUUACUCCCAAAACCGAACGGUUCGUUGAUGCAACCGACUAUGGCUCAAGGCUUCCAAAGUACCCCGAGAAAUGGGUCAUCAGCAAUACCUCAAGCUCUUCCAGGUCACGACAUUAGUUCGGAGUCAUAUAGUCAACCUGUAAAACUAGGGCCGCUAGCAAUACACCCCCAGAAUACACCUAGUACGCAAGGUUUAGUCUUUUCUCAUACAAGUGCUUCAGCGGGCUCCUCAGUUCCUAAUUUUCCCACGGAAGCCACUCGCAAUAGUAAAGCUUCGUCUCAAGUCUCGGCAUCUAGAUUUGGCAGUUUAUCAAUCGAUGAGACAAGUACAACAAAUAUCACAGAAGCACGGGCUAACCCGAUGGAUACCGCAACGGAUGCACUUCUCGAACGUCAAAAUGAGCUUAAUUCGGAAAACCCCUUACCGAAGCUUCCUCCUCCGGUACGUGGGUUCGCAAAAAAGAUACUGAAUCUUGAAAAUAAACCGCAACGCUCCCAUGGCGGCCGCCAGAAUACGAGGAAGCGCGGUCCUCGAAAGGCCGCUGAGCCAACAGGCGAUAUCAAGUAUCGUCUUAACAUGGCAUCCAACGCAUACAUGGAUGGGCGUAUUGAUGAAGCCAUCGACUACGUACACGAUGCUAUUCGUAUCAAUGCUGAGACCUACCGCGCCUGGGUCCUUCUAGCGUCAUUUUUACAAGAAAAGGGAGACCACCUGGGACAUUAUAGGGCGAAGUGGUUUGCUACGAAUCUCCAACCACAGGUUAUUGAUGGGUGGCUUCAAUGUGCAGAGUUGGCUAUCGGACUUCGAGAUGAAUUUCCUGAGGACGAAGGUCUUACCGACGAAGCCAUCCUUUCGUAUUCUCAAGCCUUAAAGAUUGACAGCAGCCACAGAUCAGCACGUCACGGGAGAGCCGCGUUAUCGCUUGAAAUGGGACAUUUAAGGAAGGCAGUUGGGGAUUAUACAACUUUACUCGGAAGUUGCGUCUUUGACAUAUAUGCCUUACGGGGUCUCGCUGAAGGGUGCGUCCUACUUGCAGAUACAGGCAAAGCCCGAUGGUUAGAUCAACCAAGAAUAGCCAUAGACUCAUAUCGUCGCUGCAUCGCUCAUUUCCGAGAGAACGGGCUUGACAUGCGAUAUCCUUUCGACUGGCAAGAUAUCAAGAUUUUUGUCGAACUUCUCGCAUAUGUCAAGCAAUUCAAAAAUGCCAUACAUGAAUUAAGGUCACUCUCACGAUGGCUCCUAACUCGUUCUGAUGAGGUAUUCUGGGAUAGCCAGGAUGAUGACCGCGAAUGGGACACGGAUAACUUGAGACGGUUGGAAUUAGUGCAGUUCCAAGAAGGAAAAUAUCCAGCAUCAUCGUACGGCAAAGGCCUUCCACUAGAAAUGAGGACAAAGCUCGCUGCGUACCGUCUCAAGCUUGGCCAAGAGGAUGAAGCUAUGCGUCAUAUAGAGUUCAUUGAUCCGGAUCAACCUAAUGGGACCGAGAUACUCUCUGAGUGUCCGCAUCUGUUACUUGAAGUUGCCUCAGCAUUGUACGAAGCAGGCCGUUUACAAAUGGCCCUGCGCUUUUACGAACCUCUCCGCGAGCCUGAUCUCCUUGAUACCGAGUCUCUCGUAAGAGCUGGACGAUGCUAUUUGAAUAUGGGGGACAAGAGACAGGCCGAAGAAUGUUUCACUGCUGCUAUUGACCAGGAUGAAAUAAACAGUGAGGCCUGUAUCGAUGCACGCUAUGAAUUGGCGAAGAUGUAUGAAGCGGCAAGAGAAGAGAAGGAAGCCUUCAUCCUUGUGAACGAAGCUAUCAGACUUCAGGAAGUUCGAGACCAAGCUCGCGAAGAGGCACUCGAAGCAGAACAAGACUUGGGAGAAGAUAAUGAUGAUGACCAAGUAGACGGCGAUCUUGCACUUCCUGAACAUCCGCUACUACCUGCUGGGAAAGAGGUAGCGCCAAAACCAAAGAGAGCCAAACGUCCACCUAAGCCCAAGGUUGAGAAGGUCAAAUCAGCGCCGAAGGAACGAAAACCCAAAGCUCCGCCGAAGCCGGCGUCGCGACGUCGUAAGGUUUUUGCCCGAACCGAAGAAGUACAAUUGGAGGAGAAGAAGAGAGCGAGCGAACUUGCCGAAGCAUGGCAGGUUGUCCAUGAAUGUCGAGCUUCGUCCGAAGCCGAUGCUAAGGGCCCUUCUACCAAAUUCCUGUCCGCGGCCCGGGAGCUUGUCGAUGACUUUAGAUCAUAUAAAGAGUUCUACAGCUGGGAUAAGUAUUUGGCACACUUUAAUAUACAUCAGGCUCGAGAAAAGGUCGAGGCGCAAAAGGGCAAUCCCAACCUCAUUGCGAUGGCGCAACGACUCUCGCACAACCUGAACCCGGAGAACUCUGAAGGCGAGAAGCCAACUGAGCGAGUACCUGUUAGUUAUCGAGGCGUCCCGUUUAAUGAAUGGCUCGAUCUUUUCCUCGAGUAUGCCAUGGGCCUAGCUCAGACUGGGCGAUUCCAGGACGCGUACAAAGUCUGCGAAUCUGCACGAGACACUACGAUAUUCUCCAAGUCUAAAGAGGACAUGUUCUUAAUCCAUGUGGCAUGGGCUGCUUGCGCAUUGCGUGGUAGGGACGAAGAGACAUGCGUUGCCUCUGCUCGUUGGAUCAUGAGGGAAUAUCAAUAUGACACAGAACCUUUCCGGAUGUUCUCUGCCCUGUCGAGAUUAUGUCCAUCCCCGGCAUCGUGGUAUGCAUCUGGCCCCGUCCAGAAAUAUAUGCUACGACAGAUCAAACUUAUGGAUCAUGCCAUUAAUGCGGCAGGAGCUGAAGUUAGCGGGGACGAGGAUGGACCGCCCACUGGCAGGGUUUUCCCCGGUAAAGAAUUAGACGUCACACUACUAAUGCUCUACGGCAACAUCCUGUUUAUAUCGAACAGCUUCACCUACGCUCUCAACUACUUCAUGAGGGCUCAUAGCUUGGAUCCCUAUAACACUAUGGUCAUUCUUAGCGUCGGCAACUGUUAUGUCUAUUAUGCACUAAAGAGGCAAGCCGAGAAUCGCCAAUAUCUCCUGACACAGGGAUUCCACUUCCUACACCAGUACUACGAGUUAAAGCUGGCGUCACCAGAUGCCGCGCAGAGGCAAGAAGCUCAUUACAACCUCGCGCGGAGUUACCACGCCGUGGGAAUUCCCCACCUGGCUACCGAAUACUAUCGGCGAGUUCUCCGAGAGGUGCCCGAUGACUCCGAGAAUGGGAUCAUGGGAAGAAAUGAUCUAAGUCGAGAGGCCGCAUAUAAUAUGGCGCAGAUCUGCUGGACGGGCGGUGACGUGGACGCAGUCAAGGCUAUCACUGACCAGUAUCUGGUUCUGUAAACCGAUCUGAGAGAUGAUGGCUCGUGCCAAUUAUGACAAUAUCGUACGCUACUUGGCUCUAGAUCCAGAUGAUUGUAGUUGAUAACUGUCAACUGGCCUAUUUCCGGGCAUCUGGUUCUUAGCAGCGGGAACAAUCUUGUUCUCGCUUACCGCUAGCACAGGAACCUGAAUCAAUAACAAAUGAAAAACAAGAUCACUUCAGACUUUAACUGCAGACGGUUGUUAUAGUUUUGUGUCCACUGUGCUGCGUUUUGUUAUCGGUAAGAUGGGUCGGUACAAAAAUAGGGGUAAUUGAUCGCCGUUUUAAGACCUUCGCACAUCAUCAUCAUCGUUCCCCUAGUAAUUGCUAAGAAUUGAAGUGUAAUUGAU